AUGUCAGCUCAUCCGCCCAAUCCCAGCAGCGCGUCACAGCAGCGGCAGCAGCAGAAGCAGCAGCAGACCGCAGCAGCAGAAGCAGCAGCAGAAGCAGCAGCAGAAGCAGCAGAAACAAAAGCAGCCACAUCACCCCAUGCGGCCCGUCGUCUUCAUCCCCUUGUAUUAGAUGGCCCAAGUUCCGCGCCCAACGCCUGGGGGCGGCCGGCAAAAAGAAAGCGCCCCCGGCCGGCGACGCCGUGCUGGCGCUCAACCCGGGCGUCGUCGUCGAGCCCGCGCUGGUUCGAGAACGCCGACUAUGUCGUCGUCUUUGAGCAGUCGGCUCAGCACUGGGACGACUACUUUGUCGGCGAGGGCCUUCCGCAGAUCCCGGACGCGCUGCGGCCCAAGUCGGUGGCCAUUGUGCACACGGUCAACAGCAGCAGUAGCAGCGCCGACGGCAACGUCGACGACGAGGCGGAUGAGGCUUGCGCGCUGGCGAGGCGCAUAUGCCACCUCGGCCUCGGUGGCGCGUACCUGACGGAUGAGGUCGAUGGCGGGUACACGAGGUGGCCCGCCAUGUGGGAGGGCGAGCUCGAGAUGCUGGCCAGAGUCAAUGGCGGCAGCAGCAGCAGCAGCAACUGUACGAAUUCAAGCAACGGCACUGCGCACGAGCAGUAG